AUGGCCCGCACCCGAGCCGCCGGUCGCCAGAGUAUGCCCGAUGCUUCCGCCGGUCGCGAUCCUCCUCGAUCCUCCCACGCGAAUGCUACACCAUCCUCUACACGUCCAAGGCGGUCGCAAAAUACUACACCUCACUACAAUGAAUCCUCUGAACAAGAGGAUUCCGACUCUUCAUUGAGCAGCCCACACUCGUCCGACGAGGUAGAGGUCGAAAGCGAGAUCGAACAAGACGAGGAGACACGGUCCGAAUCACGAUCACAUCGCAUUCGGAAUACGAGGUCAACAGAAAAUUUACCAAGCCGUACUCGUAGUCGCCGUAGCGCACAAAACACUGCUCCCUCCCGGGCGCCCCCGACCUUGCUUGGUUCAACAAGGAACGAGCUAAGCCCGAGGAAUCGACAAACAAAGAAACGGCCACAACCAUCAAAACACAAAAGGCGGUCUCUUAAAAAGCGCCGGGUCUCUUCAGAAGCCGAGCUAAUACCACAGGGCGUCAUUCCGCCUUGGACUGACCCCCAGAUACCAUACAGCGCCUGGAUCGAUAUCUUCUAUUACGCAGCCAUCGCAGGCCAUGAUAGCCUUGAUGUCAACUGGUUGAUAACUACUGCCACAGUUUGCAAGGCUUUCUCAGAAGCGGCUUUAACGGCCAUAUAUCGUUCCCCACCUCUGACAACGACAGGGAAGGUCAAACGAUUUGCAGCCCUGCUAGAACGCCCUCCAUCUGAAACCAUGUUCAACUAUCGCGCCAAGACUGAGACUCUUUAUGUAGAUGUCCAUGUUGUGCCUCAGCUCCUGUUGCCCAAGCUACUCUGUGUGCUUCCACGUUUAAAGGAAGUCAUCCUCUUCACACCGUCCGAUCAGCCGCCAUACAGGCAGUUGGACCGCACAGUGAGAUGGCAAUACACGGACGAAAUAUUCCACGCCUUUAAACCAAGCUCCGAGCAACCCGAUGGCAUCAGUUCUGAGGUCAAGGAGUUCCACACCAUCCUAAAAAGCUGGGAGUGGAGUGGAAGCCUGCUGGGAGGACCAGUAGCCACUAUGAAUGAUGUUAUACGCAUUCAUCAAGAACCUUCAUUCGCUAAUCUCACCAAACUUAGCUUUACAAACCUCCAAGUCCCAUCCCUCUAUAAGCUAGGGGUGAAGGGCGUCACUGAGGAGCGAGAGCUAGAACUUUACGCCGAGGAUGAAGCUGUCAUCAAGUCCAUCGCGGAGGCGGUUUCUCAGUUGAAAUCGCUUCAGCACCUGGUAUUUGAGUCGUCUACUAUCAUGAAUGAUCGGUUGCUUCCCCUCUUACCAAAGGGCCUUACGCAUUUCUCUUUGAUCAACUGUUGGGAGAUCAAGUCUGAUGAGUUCACGCCGUUCCUACACACCCAUGGCAGACACCUCCGCAGCCUGAAUCUACUGCACAACCAGUCAUUAGACUUGGUCUUCUUGACCAGUUUGGCUGAUGCCUGCCCUAAACUGGAAGAGCUGUACAUGAACCUUUCUUAUUUCCACCAUCAUGAUUCCGUUUCUGUGACUAAUAAUGAUGCCGACCCUCUGUACGACCAAGUUCUACUGUCACAUCAGAAACCGGAGUGGCCGUCAAGUCUUCGAGUUAUCGAUUUUGAACACAUUCGACAUUGGACCGUCGAAACAGCAGAAAUGUUCCUCGGGUCAUUUGUAGAUAGCGCCGGCUCUCUCCCCAAUCUGCGCCAUCUUGCAGUAAAAACAAUGAUCAACAUACCCUGGAAGGCCCGUGCUAAUAUGCGCCACGAAUGGAUACGGAAACUGGAUAGAGUCUUCCUUCGCCCUUUUGUACCGCCGCAAAAGAAUUACUCUCUCCAUCCGACAAAAGACGAUGAGGUGCCUCAAGUGUCGGAAAACAAAAAGAAGUCUAAACGUCUAUCUGAUGGCCCAUCUCGACGAAGCAAUCGUCUAGCAGCACAUGUAUCUGAUUCUGAUUCGAGGUACAGCACUAAUUCGAAGGGUCUUCGCAGCUCUCAUGGCCGCCCAACAUAUGCAGAGCCAGAAACUGACGAUGAUGAGUUCAAUACCGAAUUGGAGGAAGAGGAUGGGAGCGUGCGCAGCCCUACAUCGAGUCGUUCUGAGGAAGAGGCCGAAGGCUUAGACGCAAAGAAACCUGUAAUCCAAGGACGCUGCAAUAUUGUCUCCAUUGUCUUUGAUAACCAAAAGCCCACCGAACUGCAAUACGGCAUGGAAGACUUCAUGGAUGAUGACCAUGCUGAAUCGGAUGAAGAGUGGGACGGCGAUCAUGAAGAAGAAGAUGCAGUCUUUGUCUGGCGUUAG